GAGGCCGGCCCUCCCCGAUCUGGUAGUCUCCACCCCGCCCCCCGGAUCCGGCCGCCGUCAGUCGCGUCACUCGAGGGCUAAGGGGCCGGGAUGGAGGCCCCACUCGCCGACGUUGCCUAGACAACAUCAGAAAUCGUGGCCAGGGCCUCUUCCGCCUGCGGGGCGCUGCUUCCUGCAUCAGUCACUCCCGCUGGGGGCGGGGCGGAGGAAGGGGUUGGAUGUGGCAGAGCCAGGCCCCAGCCGGUGCGGCUCAGACUCCCCCGCUGUCGCCGUGGCCCCAGCCAUGGCAUCCUAUCCGUCUGGCCCCAGCAAGCCCAAGGCCAAGUACCCCUUUAAGAAGCGGGGCAGUCUGCAGGCCUCGGCUGCCGCCGUUCCAGAGGCUCGGGGUGGCCUGGGGGCCCCGCCGCUGCAGUCCGCCCGAUCCCUGCCGGGCCCUGCCCCCUGCCUCAAGCACUUCCCGCUUGACCUGCGCACGUCCAUGGAUGGCAAAUGCAAGGAGAUCGCCGAGGAGCUGUUCACCCGCUCGCUGGCUGAGAGCGAGCUCCGUAGCGCCCCCUAUGAGUUCCCGGAGGAGAGCCCCAUCGAGCAGCUGGAGGAGCGUCGGCAGCGGCUGGAGCGCCAGAUCAGCCAGGAUGUCAAGCUGGAGCCUGACAUCCUGCUGCGGGCCAAGCAAGAUUUCCUGAAGACGGACAGUGACUCGGACCUGCAGCUAUACAAGGAGCAGGGCGAGGGGCAGGGUGACCGGGGCCUGCGGGAGCGGGAUGUGAUGUUGGAGCGGGAAUUUCAGCGUGUGACCAUCUCCGGGGAGGAGAAGUGCGGAGUGCCAUUCACAGACCUGCUGGACGCCGCCAAGAGUGUGGUGCGGGCACUCUUCAUCCGGGAGAAGUACAUGGCUCUGUCCCUGCAGAGUUUCUGCCCCACCACCCGCCGCUACCUGCAGCAGCUGGCCGAGAAGCCCCUAGAGACGCGGACCUACGAGCAAGGCCCUGACACCCCCGUGUCGGCUGAUGCCCCGGUGCACCCCCCCGCACUGGAGCAGCACCCGUAUGAGCGCUGUGAGCCGAGCACCAUGCCUGGUGACCUGGGCUUGGGCCUGCGCAUGGUGCGUGGUGUGGUGCACGUCUACACCCGCAGGGAUCCAGACGAGAAUUGCUCCGAGGUGGAGCUGCCCUACCCUGACCUGCAGGAAUUUGUGGCUGACGUCAACGUGUUGAUGGCCCUGAUCAUCAACGGCCCCAUAAAGUCAUUCUGCUACCGCCGGCUGCAGUACCUGAGCUCCAAGUUCCAGAUGCACGUGCUGCUCAAUGAGAUGAAGGAGCUGGCCGCCCAGAAGAAAGUGCCGCAUCGAGACUUCUACAACAUCCGCAAGGUGGACACACACAUCCACGCCUCGUCCUGCAUGAACCAGAAGCACCUGCUGCGCUUCAUCAAGCGGGCAAUGAAGCGGCACCUGGAGGAGAUCGUGCACGUGGAGCAGGGCCGCGAGCAGACGCUGCGGGAGGUCUUCGAGAGCAUGAAUCUCACGGCCUACGACCUGAGCGUGGACACGCUCGACGUGCAUGCGGACAGAAACACCUUCCAUCGCUUCGACAAGUUCAAUGCCAAGUACAACCCUAUCGGGGAGUCUGUCCUCCGAGAGAUCUUCAUCAAGACGGACAACAGGGUGUCUGGGAAGUAUUUUGCUCACAUCAUCAAGGAGGUGAUGUCGGACCUGGAGGAGAGCAAAUACCAGAAUGCGGAGCUGCGGCUCUCCAUCUACGGGCGCUCGCGGGACGAGUGGGACAAGCUGGCGCGGUGGGCCGUGACACACCGCGUGCACUCCCCCAACGUGCGCUGGCUCGUGCAGGUGCCCCGCCUCUUUGACGUAUACCGGACCAAGGGCCAGCUAGCCAGUUUCCAGGAGAUGCUGGAGAACAUCUUCCUGCCUCUGUUCGAGGCCACGAUACACCCGGCCAGCCACCCGGAGCUGCACCUCUUCCUGGAACACGUGGAUGGUUUUGACAGUGUGGAUGACGAGUCCAAGCCCGAGAACCACAUCUUUAACCUAGAGAGCCCCCUGCCCGAGGCUUGGAUGGAGGAGGACAACCCGCCGUAUGCCUACUACCUGUACUACACCUUUGCCAACAUGGCCACGUUGAACCACCUGCGCAGGCAGAGGGGCUUCCACACGUUUGUGCUGAGGCCGCACUGCGGGGAGGCCGGGCCCAUCCACCACCUGGUGUCAGCCUUCAUGCUGGCCGAGAACAUUUCCCACGGGCUGCUCCUGCGCAAGGCCCCCGUCCUGCAGUACCUGUAUUACCUGGCGCAGAUCGGCAUCGCCAUGUCCCCGCUGAGCAACAACAGCCUCUUCCUCAGCUACCACCGGAACCCGCUGCCCGAGUACCUGUCUCGGGGCCUCAUGGUCUCGCUGUCCACUGAUGACCCCCUGCAGUUCCACUUCACCAAGGAGCCCCUGAUGGAAGAGUACAGCAUCGCCACCCAGGUGUGGAAGCUGAGCUCCUGCGACAUGUGUGAGCUGGCCCGCAACAGCGUGCUCAUGAGCGGCUUCUCCCACAAGGUGAAGAGCCACUGGUUGGGACCCAACUACACCAAGGAGGGCCCCGAGGGCAAUGACAUCCGCCGCACCAAUGUGCCAGACAUCCGCGUGGGCUAUCGCCACGAGACCCUUUGCCAGGAGCUGGCGCUCAUCACGCAGGCCGUCCAGAGUGAGAUGCUGGAGACCAUCCCGGAGGAGGCGGGCGUCGCCACGAGCCCGGGGCCCCAGUGAGCCCGCUCCGCCUCGGCACCGUUGCCGUGUUUUGUGCUUGGCCCCCUCCCGUCCUGUUGUGGUCACUGCAUGUCUCUGUCCUUUGUUUCUGUCCCGCAUGUCUCUGACCGUGUGCUGUCCCUGGGCCACCCCACUGAAGCUGGGCCCGGGGAACCUGCGCUUCGCUAUCAUGUUGGCCCAGGUGGCUGCUGAUGGCCGAGACUGGAGGGCGGGCCCUGCUGGUGGUCCCGUCCUGGGGCCCUCGGAGGCCUGGCUGUCCUGUGGGUGUCCUCAGCGUCCGUGGAGACUUGUGGUGGUCGUGGGGCUUGUUCCCUUUAGCCUGUAGGGUCUAGCCUGGGCAAAUCCGAGCCUUGGCCAGGCCGAAGUGCUGGCCCCGUCUGUUUAUGUGGCAGAGGGCAGUCAGGUGGGCUGUACCUCUGCCUUGGGCACGGUGCAGCCGAGGGUCUGUGCUCCGUGCUGGGUAGCGUCAGGCUCAAGGCCGCCUGGUCUGAGGGGGUGCACUUGGCCCGGAGGUGCAGGACCGUCACCUCCACCGAGUCACUGCCCAGGCACUGCCCAGCAAGCCGCCUUCUCCGUCCCUUCCCUGGCCUGCCUGCUCUCUUCUGGUGUCAGCUUCUCGUGCCUCUGUGGGAGGGGGCAGCCGCCCUGUGCUGUGUCAGGGGCCCCUGCAGCUGGAGGGUAUUGGAUCUGCUCCCCGCGGUGGCCCCCAGAGCUUCCACCGGACCUGGACCCCCGCCGGCCCCCCGUACUGUGUCCCGAGGUCCUGCUGUGAAACACAGUGUUUCGUAUGAGCCACCUUUCCUAGUGCAUGAGAAAUAAAGAGUAUUUAAGUA